GCCCACCCGCCCAGCUCCUCCCGCCACCACCGCCGCUCCUCCGCUGCUCUGCCGGUGCCCGGGACUUGGGAGGGGGCCGUGGAGGAGGCGCCCCCCUCGCCCGGCCCCUGCUCCCCGCGCCAUGGGUCUGUGGCUGCCGCCGCACCCCGCGCCGCCAGGCUAGGGCGAUGCGGGCGCCCCAGGAGUGCGGCCCCCAAGGCCACCAUGGGCCCCCUGCUCCGGCGCCUGCUGUUUGCCACGCUCCUGCAGCUGGCCCCCGCCCAGGCCCCUGCUUCCCAGCCUGAUGCCCCUAGUCACCAGAAGAAAGUGGUAUCAUGGAUCGACGUAUACGCCCGCGCCGCCUGCCAGCCACGGGAGGUGGUAGUGCCCCUGACAGUGGAGCUCAUGGGCACUGUGACCAAGCAGCUUGUGCCUAGCUGUGUGACUGUGCACCGCUGUGGUGGCUGCUGCCCCGACGACGGCCUGGAGUGCGUGCCCACAGGCCAACACCAAGUGCGAAUGCAGAUCCUCAUGAUCCGGUACCCUAGCAGCCAGCUGGGGGAGAUGUCCCUGGAAGAGCACAGCCAAUGUGAAUGCAGACCGAAACAAAGAGACAGUGCUGGGAAGCCCGACAGGGCUGCCACUCCCCGUCACCGCCCCCAGCCCCGCUCCGUUCCGGGCUGGGACUCCAUCCCCAGAGCACCUUCCCCAGCUGACAUCAUCCAUCCCACUCCAGCCCCAGGCCCCUCUGCCCACCCUGUGCCCAGCGCCGCCAGCGCCCUGAACCCCGGACCUGCCGCUGUCGCUGCCGACGCCGCAGCUUCCUCCGUUGCCAAGGGCGGGGCUUAGAGCUCAACCCAGACACCUGCAGGUGCCGGAAGCUGCGAAGGUGACACACUGCUUUUCAAACUCAGUAGAGCCACUUGGCUCGCAGGCUACACCCCAGGAAGGGGACAAGGGCAGCC